CAGGCGGCGCUGUGAGACGUGGCGAGUGAGCGCGCGGGCGCUCAGAAGGAGAGCCGCCUCAGUUUGAUUGGAGGAAGUAACACAUCAACAAAGAAAGAUGGCGGAGGUGAUAGAGCUGCAGAAACUGAAGCUGGCUGAGCUGAGGCAGGAGUGUGAGGCCCGAGGUCUGGAAACCAAGGGAAACAAAGGAGAGCUCAUCGCUCGCCUGCAAACCUAUCUGGAUGAGCACGAGGAUGACGUGGACGUGGAUGACGUGCUGGCAGAGGAUGCUGAGGACUUAGACAAAGUUGAGGAUGCCAUUAAUAUAAAAGACGAGAAGACUUCCGAGUCUACUGAGCAAGAGCCACCUGCUGAUAAGAAGGUGGUGAAAAUAGCUCCUCCAUCAUCUACCGGUGAAAGACUACAGAAGAGGGCAGAACGUUUCAACAUGCCUGCGACAGCUGAAAGCAAAAAGGCAAUACGUGCAGCAAGGUUUGGUGAAUCCACUGAGAACUCCAAUCCCGCUGCAGGUGCCGUUGCAAACAGUAAAGCUCCUGUGAACGUUGAUCAGCUGAAGAAGAGAGCGGAACGAUUUGGCAUGAACGUUUCAUCCGUUUCACAAAAGAUUGAAGAGGAUGAAAAGCUGAAAAAGAGAAAGGAGCGAUUCGGCGUCUCAGCGGUUGCCGGUGCAGGUUCAGCCGAAGUUGAGGCGAAGAAAAUGAAGCGUGCUGAAAGAUUUGGAAAAGUGUGAAAAAUGUUUUAGAACUUUUUUUCUUUUUUUGUAAAGCAUUUUCAUUACAGAAAAUCUCUGACGACGACGACAUAUGUCACUCAUAGGAUUCCUGUAAAUCAAAAGUAUAAUUAAAUGCCGAUUUGUGAGUUGUAUCAUUAAACCGUUUCGAAAUAAAAUAAAAAGAAGCUCUCAAUUAUUUACUAAGCAUCAAUGUCAGUGGCUAAUCUAAAUUCCCCAAAAAUGUAAUAGAAACCACCUAUUUAGUAUUUACUGGCGCACCAUUUUUUGCCAACCCUUGGAAGCAUCCAAUCCUGUUAUUUGCAUUUCCGUUACUUUUAAAUUUGUCUUUUUGGUUCGGUUGUUUGUUCCCCUCUACUAACCGCAGUUCACUGCUUUGUCGGAGCUGCAAUGAAGUCCUGUUGUCAUGUUUUUAAUCCAGAAACUAAUCAAACAAGGGUAAGAGAUAAGUAGUUAUUCAUGUAUCAGGAGAUACCUUACCGCAUCAUCUUAAAUCAAAAUGGUCCAUUAAACCACUCAAACUGCAGCAAGUAAAUGUGAGAAAGUUGAAACAUGAAAAAUAUUUAAUGAGAAGCAGCGAUCUGAAGUUCUGCACUUGAUAAAAGUUGUCUUAAAACUUUUUCGGGACCAACCCGGCAUCUAAAAAUGUUCUCUCGUUAAAAGAAAAUAGUCGGAGAAUAGGAUAAACUUCUGUUGGUUGGAAAUGGAAAAUGUAUCUAGUUUGGGGCUCUUGAAAGGUACAUCGUUGGUCCAUUGUAAGUAAUACAUUAAAACUCAUUUUUUAAUAAUCCAUUAAAAUGUUGACUCAACUAUUUGUAUAUCUGAUAAGUAUUUUAUUUUAGAUUUUUUGGAUAACGUACAUUUUUUAUGUUAUCUUUUGGAAAUCCAGUGGUGCACUGCUUCAGUUAUCUGUCCAUUUUCUAAAAUUUUGUGGUUUAAAAUAAAUAGUUACCAUCUUUCUGGAA